AUGUGUGAUAAAAUUAAAGCAGCUUUAAAAAAUAUAGAAUUGGAAACGGCAAAUUGUCAUUUAAUCAAAGCAUGUCAAGAUGCUGUGGGAUCAUUGAAAAAUAAUACAAUAGAAAUUGCAGAUGUAAUAGGAAAAUUAUCUGACUUCAUUUUAAAUUUUGAAGAUGUAGUAUUAUUCAAGAAAUAUUUAUCAAAUAUUCUCUUGGGCUUAGUAUCAUCGAAAAUCCCUUUAAAACCUGUAUUUUCGAGUAUUAACUAUGACCAAUGCACUGACUUGGAAAAAACACAUCAUUUAGAGUACUCAAUAGUUUUAUCAUUGCUGAGUGAUCAUCCAGAUGUUUUACAGUAUGCUCUCAAGUACUUUCAAAUAAAUGCCGUACCCCCCUAUGAAGUAUUCAUUCACCAUGAGGAUUCAUAUAAUGUUGCACCAAAAAAAAGGAGACUGUUAGAUUGUCGACAAAAAAUUACUGAUAACCAUAUAGUAUCUUGUUGCUAUUCCUUAUUAACCAGAUUGCCUAAUGAGCUAUCUGUGAAGUGGGAUUGGAGUAACUUUAUUAUAAAUUUUAGUAAUCAUCAAGAUCCUGAUAUUAGAUGGAUGGUAAAAGAAUGUAUGGCCAUAAUAACAAAUAUGACAGAAGCCCAGGCUAAAAUAUUAUCAAGCAAUAUGAGCCUGACAAAGCAAGAUGAAAUCAAACACAUUGCUUCAAUAAAAGAAAUGCACUUAAUUGAUGGGAAUAUUGAAGAGUUGAAUUUAAAUUCUAGUAAUGUUGUGAAUAUUGAUGGAAUACUAUUACCAAUAUUUGACAGAGACAAUAUCCAACCAGGACAGUUGGUCCCUGUAAAGUCUACUACAAAUAAUUUAAGAAGCCUAGCUCUUGCUGUUGCAUCAGGUCAAGCACUUUCAUUAAUGGGCCCAGUCGGUUCUGGCAAGACUUCUUUAGUAGAACAUUUAGCAGCUAUCACUGGACGCAAAGGAAUUGCGUUUAAAAAGAUCCAACUUGGUGAUCAGACAGAUUCUCGGAUGUUACUAGGCUCUCAUCAGUGUACAGAUGUGCCUGGUGAAUUUGUUUGGACACCUGGUGUUCUUACUGAGGCAGUUCAAAAUGGUCAUUGGCUUUUAUUAGAAGAUAUAGACUGUGCAGCGUUAGAUGUAGCAUCUACUUUAAGCUCAUUGCUUGAAAGGAACACACUAUGUGUACCAGGGUAUAGAGAUGCAUUACCAGUCACUCCUGGUUUCCAGUUAUUUGUUACUCAAAGGACCAUUGUAACAAAUUAUGGAUUUCAAAAGAAGAUGUCUAAUUCAAGUACAUUACUACAAAAACAUUUAACUCAAAUAAAUGUUGAACCACUUUCACGCUCAGAAUUAGCAGAAAUUAUACAAAAUAAAUAUCCGAGUCUCACAACUAUCUGCCCUAAAAUGAUUGAAGUAUUCAUGAUGUUCUCUGUAGGCAGCCAUGAUGAUUCUUUACAAGCAACAGAUAUAACUGAAAAAGAAUCUAGUGUAUCUUUAAUGAGAGGCUCAAGACUUAUUUCAACGAGAGAUCUUAUUAAGUGGUGUGCAAGAUCUGUAGUGGGAUUCAAUGUGUCAAGCCCAGAUUCUGCGUUAAAAGUACUCCAAGAUGCCUUAGAUAUUUUCACUUCUUCUAUAUCCUCGCCUGAACAUAGAUUGGCAUUGGCAAAAAGAGUUGGCACCUGUUUGGGCAUUGUGGAAACAAAAUCUGAAUUUUACUGUAAACACUACAAACCAAAUGUGUCAUUACACCCAAAUUCGUUAGAAGUGGGACGAGCUAAGGUGUCAAGAGUUCAGAAGAGUUUAAAUAUGAUAGACUUUGAUAAUAAAGAUUCCGUAUUUUCCUUUACUCGUCAAUCCGCUUGUUUACUUGAAAAGAUCGCGUGUUGUGUGACUUUAAAUGAACCAGUCCUUCUUGUAGGGGAAACCGGAACAGGUAAAACUUCAUCCGUUCAGUACCUGGCCAAGCAAACUGGCCACAAACUAGUUGUUAUAAACAUGAAUCAACAAUCAGAUUCAGCGGAUCUCCUUGGAGGCUAUAAACCAGUAGAUAUGAAAUAUGUCAUACAGCCAAUAAAAAAUGAAUAUAUUGAAAUGUUCAAAGGUUACUACAAUGUUGAAAAGAAUAAGAAAUUUAUAAAUCAUAUAGAAACCUGUUACGAUACUGAAAACUGGACGGCUUUGUUAGCAUUGAUGAAACAAAGUCAUAGGGCAGCAAUAACGCGAUUGACAAGUGAGAAAAAGGAUGACAAGUUAAAAAUAUGGCUUGCUUUUGGUCAUAAGCUCUUGAAACUUGAUCAACAAGUGAAAGCAGCUUCUAAAUUAACUUUUGCAUUCAUUGAGGGCUCUCUAGUUAAAGCAAUGCAGCAAGGUUACUGGGUGCUGUUAGACGAAAUUAAUCUGGCAUCAGCAGAAAUAUUAGAAUGUCUUGCUGGAUUGUUGGAAGAUAAGAGUGAGAGUAUUGAUUUACUUGAAAAAGGAGACAAAGUCCCUAUAAAAAGGCACCCAGAUUUCACACUAUUUGCAUGUAUGAAUCCAGCUACAGAUGUUGGAAAAAAGGAUCUGCCUGUAGGCCUUAGGAACAGAUUUACGGAGUUUUUCAUUGACGAAUUAACAGAAAGAAAUGAUUUAAUGCUACUGAUUGGCGAUUAUUUGUAUCACAUGAAUUUGAGUGGUGCAAUUUUGGAAUCGAUUUAUAGUUUCUAUGCGACAAUCAAGAAAGAAGCCAAAUUGAACUUAGUGGAUGGCUCAGGUAAUGCUCCACACUACUCCCUAAGGACUCUAUGUAGAGCUCUAACGGCAGCAGCUAGAGCCAAAUGUGGAACUGUGGCCAGAUCUUUGUAUGAAGCAUUUUGCCUUUCAUUUUUAACUCAACUCGAUAGGUCAUCUCAUCCUAAAGUUGAAGCUAUGAUUGCAAAAGCGGUUAUUGGCAAAAAGAGUAUAAACUCAGUUUUAAAGCAAUUAAUCCCCGAACCAAAAGCUGAAGGACAAAACUUUUUGCUUUUCGAAGGACAUUGGAUUCCUCAAGGAAAAUUGGAAAUUGAUAUUCCCGAGGGAUAUAUACUAACCCCAACUGUGAGAAAAAAUCUUAGAGAUAUAGCACGUAUUAUUUCUUUAGGCAGAUUGCCUGUUUUGCUCCAAGGAGACACAUCUGUCGGCAAAACAUCGCUUAUAACUUAUAUUGCGAAAGCUUCCGGGAACUACUGCGUCAGAAUAAACAACCACGAACACACAGACUUACAAGAGUAUAUAGGUUCAUAUGCAACUGACUCUAGUGGUAAUUUGGUAUUUAAAGAAGGCGUUCUUGUUGAAGCAAUGAGAAAAGGUUAUUGGAUCAUUCUGGAUGAACUGAAUUUAGCACCUAGUGAUGUAUUAGAAGCAUUGAAUCGUGUUUUAGAUGACAAUCGUGAAUUAUUUAUUCCCGAAACGCAACAAGUAGUUAAAGCUGAUCCCAACUUUAUGUUAUUUGCCACCCAAAAUCCACCCGGUUUGUACGGCGGUAGGAAAAUGCUCUCUAGAGCCUUCAGGAAUCGUUUUGUAGAGUUACAUUUUGAUGAAAUACCUAGAAAAGAACUGGAAACUAUACUACAUCAAAGAUGUCAUAUACCGCCCACUUAUAGCAAAAAAAUGAUCGAAGUCAUGGCGGAACUACAAGUGAGGAGACGUGGUUCAGCAGCUGUUCAAGGAAAAGACGGUUUUAUUACAUUGAGAGAUUUGUUUAGAUGGGGCCAAAGAUACAAACACGCUUCCAAAGAAAAGCUGACUUCUGAAAAGUUUUACGAUUGGGACCAACAUAUUGCUGAUGAGGGCUACCUCAUAUUAGCUGGUAAAGUCCGUCAAAUGGAUGAAAGAAAUAUUAUAGAAGACGUCAUAGAAAAACAUAUAAAACGAAAAGUUAAUCCUGAAAAUAUUUUCAGUUUACAUCAGAACACGUCUUCCGUAACUAAACAUAUUCUGGAAAUGCUUCUGAAUAAUCAACUUGUUGAGUUUUCACACGUCGUUUGGACUUUUAAUAUGAGAAGACUUGCAGUUUUAAUAGCUAAAGCGUUUACUUUCAAUGAACCUGUGUUAUUGGUGGGUGAAACAGGUUGCGGUAAAACAACUAUAUGCCAGGUUUUAGCAGCAUUGAGUAAUAGACAACUACUUUCUGUUAAUUGCCACAUGCAUACAGAAAGCUCUGAUUUCUUAGGUGGGCUUCGUCCUGUAAGACAAUACAAAAACGACGGCAGAUUGUUUGAAUGGGUAGAUGGUCCUUUAAUACAAUCCAUGGAAAAGGGUCACUUGUUUUUGGCUGAUGAAAUUUCUUUAGCAGAUGAUAGUGUCUUAGAAAGAUUGAAUUCACUUCUUGAACCUGAAAGACAACUUGUUCUAUCGGAACGUGGAAUGGAAGAUGGUUCAGAUAUUGUUGUUAUAACGGCUGUUUCAAACUUUCAUUUUAUCGGAACGAUGAAUCCUGGUGGAGACUUUGGCAAAAAAGAACUUUCUCCUGCACUACGCAAUCGGUUUACAGAAAUAUGGUGCGACCAUAUCAGCUCUAGGGACGAUUUAUUGAAAGUAUUAGAAAAAAGUGUAAGCAAAGGAAUUGCUUUAGGAAACCAAGAAGAUGGUAACUCUGGCAUUGGCAAUUGUAUUUUAGAUUUCACAAAUUGGCUUAAAAAUUCAGAAGUGACAAAUAAAUUUCCAUUCAGUAUACGUGAUUUAUUGUCGUGGGUUCACUUCAUCAACAUAACUGUGACAAAGUCUUUGUUGGAUGUUCCGGAGGCAUACGUUCAUGGAGCUUGCAUGACAUUCUUGGAUUGCUUUGGCACUGCUCUUACGGGUCAUGUAGACUCAGAAACAUUGAUCUCAUUGCGUAAAGAUGCUAUAGACUUCCUGUUAAAUCAAAUUAAGACCUUUAGCAGUGAACACAAUGAAAGCUUAAGAAAUAUGCUAUGUAAUAAAAAAGUCCUGCUAGAAGCGGAGGCCGAUGACACUAAAUUUGGAAUAAAACCGUUUUUCAUAGAAUGUGGGCCUCAUAAGAAGGUGGACGAAAAACAAUCGUUUACGUUUACCGCGCCAACAACUUGCUCCAAUUCUUUGAGGUUGUUACGUGGCUUACAAUUAAAUAAAGCUAUCCUUUUGGAAGGAAAUCCAGGAGUAGGAAAAACUAGCUUGGUGACGGCUUUGGCAAAAUCAUCUGGACAUAAAGUUGUGCGGAUUAAUUUAAGCGACCAAACGGAUAUUACAGAUCUUUUUGGUACUGAUCUACCAUCUGAAGAUGGAUCUUUUACAUUUAAAGAAGGUGCUUUUUUGAGCGCUUUACAAAAUGGUGACUGGAUUCUUCUAGAUGAGCUAAAUUUAGCUCCCCAACCAGUACUUGAAGGUCUAAACGCCUGUUUAGAUCAUAGAGGCGAAAUAUUUAUACCAGAAUUGGGAAAGACAUUUAAAGUAAAACAAGAAACAAAACUGUUCGCGUGCCAAAAUCCUUUAAAGCAGGGUGGAGCAAGAAGAGGACUGCCUGUUUCCUUCUUAAAUAGAUUCACACAAGUGUAUAUUGAUACCCUAACCAAAGAGGAUCUCUUAUUCAUCGUAGAAGCACAAUUCUCUCAACUACCAAAAGAUAUUUUACACAGAAUUGUUGAAUUUAAUUGCAAAGUUGCACACGAGAUCACUGAAAUACAAUCGUGGGGUCAUAAGGGUGGACCAUGGGAAAUGAAUUUGCGAGACAUACAAAGAUGGUGUGAGGCGCUCAUUAAUGACGAUAACAAUAAUCACAAAGUAGCACCGGGAAAAUAUAUUGAUAUGUUAUACGUGAAUCGUAUGAGAUCUGAAGAAGAUAAACAGAAAAUGAUUCAGUCUUAUAAUGAAAUAUUCUGCCCAGAAUACCCUAGAAGUGAUAGUAAUCCUCAAUUUGAUGUUAAAGACGAGGAAGUAAUUAUAGGAGAUGUUUCCUUGAUACGAAAUAAAGAAAAAACAUUUAAAAAUAGACGUUCAAUGGAAACAAAUUUACUUAUACUAAGAAAUCAAAUACCAAUUGUGAAAGCUUUAGCUCAAAAUAUUAAGAUGAAUUGGCUUUCAAUACUUGUCGGCCCGACAGCAACUGGCAAAAGUAGUGUUAUCCAAGUUUUAGCAGAUUUAACAGGAAAUGAGUUACAUGUAGUGCCAGUGACAUCCGCAAUGGACGUUUCCGACUUGUUAGGUGGCUUCGAACAAGUUGACUAUAAUCGAAAUCUUGAAAAUUUUUACGAUGAAAUUGAAACGCUAACAAUUCAAGCCGUACGAACUGUUUGGAUCAAACACAAACUCACGGAAUGGAAAUCGAACAAAUUGCUAACUAACCUUCAUCAGUAUAAAUCUUACCAAUCUAAUUUCCUUGAUAAAAAUUAUUCCGAUGAAGAACUUAAAAAGUUUAAAGAUAAAAUAAAGUUCCUUACAGAGCACUGUCAGAAACUAUUCGAUUGCGCUAAUUCAUGCAAUUUACAAACAAACCGUGUGGAACAAAUAAUAAAUAAUCUAGAAAAAUUAAGAUGUAAAGUGUCUAAAUUAUCUACAGUGAAUAUUGGUGGCAAAUUUGAGUGGGUAGAUUCGUUACUUGUAAAAACAAUGGUUGAAGGAUCAUGGCUUUUGUUGGACAAUGUCAAUUUAACAUCUGCAGCCGUCUUGGAUCGAUUAAAUGGUUUGUUAGAAUCAAAUGGAGUUCUUAGUAUUCCUGAAAGAGGUGAAAUCAGUGAAAUCAAACCGCACCCUAACUUUAGAGUUUUCUUUACUAUGGAUCCUAAAUAUGGUGAGAUUUCUCGAGCUAUGAGAAAUAGAGGCGUCGAAAUUUUCUUCUUGCGAUCGGACGACUGGGAUCUAGGUCUAUCAGAAACAAUGGAUUAUAUGGAUUUAGUCGCUCUUCUGUCUUCGUGUGGACUUCCGAAUCAGUAUCACGAUAUUUGUAUACGAUGUCAUGAAUCUCUGACUGCAUUUGUUCAAGGCUUGGAACGACCAACUGUGUCACAUUUACUUCAAGCCGCCUAUUUGACUUACCAACAAAUAGUCCGAGGAAUUUCCAGUCAUACAGCACUUUUAAAUAGUUUCUCAGAUGUAUAUAUAAAACCAAGAGGUGGUAGCGACUUUGCUUCCGCAGUAAAUAUGUCUCUAGCUGAAAUGAAAAAUACAAUGUUAAAGGCAUUAGAAUCAGAACUUGGUACAGAAGAAUACGAGCCAAUUGUAUCUAACGAUAUUAGUCACACGCUCACAGUUAAAGGAUUGUGUAACAACUCGGCAGUUGAAAUUGCUGAGCAAAUCGCAUAUUCGGUAGUCAAACAGGCGGACGACAAAGAAGUUUCUGCAGAUACUGCUUUACUUUCUCUAUUUUCUGUUCUGACCUCCUACCAAAAAAGUCCGCGAGAAUUUUUGGAAAUAUUAAACUCAAUAAUAAAGAAAGGAGUUAACUCAAAUAAUAAUGAAAAGUUAAAGCGCUUUACAUAUCAGAUGAAUGAAGCAGCCUUCGAUAAUUUGAAACGCUCCCAAACACAUGCAUCUUAUAAGAGGUUUUUCCCAGAAACAUAUAAAAUGAGUGAUGAAAUGAUUUUUGAAGUGAACACUAACUUUGCACUGCUCUAUGUGGAAUUGAAAAAUAUUGUAAUAAGAUUAUUCUUAUUAGACAACGGUGUCUCUGCAUUCCAUUAUUCCAGUGCAGUGUCUGAGGGAAAAAUAACUGACGAUUUUGUAGAGUAUCCUAUACUGAAAAAUUGUUACCUUUAUUUACAAAUGGUUGAUAAUUAUAUUGGAAAUGCAAUAAAAUCUGGAGAAACUUGUUUCAAUGACAAUAUUGUAUGUAUUUUAUUACAAAUUCUUAAUUGGCGUGAUAGAUUUAUAAAAAUCUGCUCAUUGCCAAUAUUCGAUAAGACAAAAAAUAAACGGACUCCGAUCUUAAAAGAAGAAAUAAUUCCAUUGCUAAAUGUUCACAGUAAAUGGAUUCAAAAAUACCUGCUUGGGGAACUGUUCAAAAUGCCGCCGAAUCAUAAAUUCUUAGAAACAUUUAUUUCUGAUUUAGAAAAACUGAACUUAAAUGUUGAUCAAAAUCAUUCGAAACUUGCGAAGUUGAGUAAAAAAUUACGCAAAUAUUACGGUCAACCAAAACUAUAUCAGACUCAAAAUGAAUAUGAUUUAUGUACUUCGAGAUUAGAACUAUAUAGUAAAAUACAAUUUGAUAUGACUGAACCUCUUGAUAGACAAUUACACAAAGCUUCAGUGGAUCCCAAUAAUAUGUCAGAUUUGACUUUAGCAUUUGAUGUUCCAGAAGAUAAAAUUAUUAAAGAUAUAGAGGAAUAUAUCAUUAAAAUAAAUCAAAAUAUCACAAUUACGGACAAACUAAGAUCAGAACUAAAAGUUUUCCCGGUAAACUUGUAUGUUAUACAAAGAAUAAUCAAUAUAUUGCAACCGCAAUUGUUCUCUAAUUUAAUUAAAUUCUCUGUUGAAAAUAAAUUUAAAAAAGAAUUAUUUACGGCCGAUAUAAUAGAGAUUUUGGCAAACUUGACUUGCUUAGGAAGCGGUAUGAAAGGAUUUCCACCAGCUUUGUUGAAUCAGUUUCAAGUCAUCCAUAAAAUUCUUGAAGACAACAGCGACUAUGUUAUUAAAAGAAUAUCGUCCCUGCCAAUAACUUUUUGGACAGAAUUAUAUAAAUUACUUACCAAUUCCCCUGUAAACUAUCCAUUGCCUUUCUUAAAUUUAAAUGAUUUGGUCAACUCUGACGAAAUUGUCGAGACAAUUCCAGCAAACACCAAGAGAGUCUCAAUGAACAUGCCUCUAAUGCCAUUUUAUCUUCAAAAUUUAACAACAUUUGUUGAUAAAUCAACAUCCCAUCCAGUAUUGGCGUAUGAUAAAGUAGCACUUAGAGAUGGUGUAGAAUAUUCUAUGCAAAUGGGAACAAUAUUAAAUAUAUUAUGGAAGAACAUUGGCACGUUGGAUUGUGCGGCAGCUUUAAAAUUGAAAUCGGAUGCCGAUUUCGAACUACAGAGGUAUAAACACUUAAUAAAUUGUCUCCAGAGUAUACUAUCAGAACAAUAUAAUAUGAUUAAAUAUUCAAUAGAUCCCACUGAAGAUAAUAAUCAAAGCAUAUACACAUAUUUUCAAGAUGAUAAGCAGUUCUUAGACAUAUUUAUUAAGGCAGAAGCGAUACAUAAAGAGUUAUUUUAUUUAGAAAAUCUACAUGGCGAAAGCUCGAAAACGAAGAUAAAAAUAUUAAUUUCGGAACUAUCUCUUAUGACAAGUCUUAUUUUUAUCCGAAUAAUGGCUGAAAUAAGUGCCAUCGAUCAUGUCGAAAAGUAUCGGCUUAAAGUACAAUACAUUGAAGAAGAUGUCAAAAUGUUUGAUAAGUUGCUAAGUGUGUAUUAUAUACAUGGUGUUAUUUCUGGGACAGUAAGUGAAAGUAGGAAUAUAGAUACGCCUUCCCAAGUAACUCUAGAUUGUUAUAAAGAGGGUACGGAAAAUAGAGAGAAAUUAAAGAAAGUGCAUCCCUAUUGUAAGGUUUUGAUGGAAUUAAAGGAGAAAACCGCUCAAAGAGUGCAAAAAUAUGCCUCUGGCAACACUUUUAGACCUAAGGAACCAUCUUAUGGCAGCUUUGUUCAGGAUUGUAAACAUUUUACGAAAUCAGUUUUAUCCGACAAAACGAUUACUACUAUGUCUGCUAACUUGAUAUCUACUUGCAAUAAAUUGUAUGACGCUCUUGAAGCUAAUAAAUAUGAUAAAGCGAUCAUACAAAAUGCUAAAACAGUUUUGAAGGAGAACUCUUCUUGGAUUUAUUCGGCGAAAUCGUUUAGUAAGAAAGUGGCGACAUCUUAUUCUGAAGCGUUUCCGGACUUAGCAAAGCCUUUGGAAAAUUCUUUAUCUCAAAUAAUCUACAGUGUUACAUCUUUAGGUGAUUUAAUAAGAGAAUUAAUAGUGAAGAUAGAACAAGGUCCAUAUUUACGUGACGUUUUAUCGUCGUUACUGUUGUAUCCGAAUGAUAUACUGAAUAGGGAUGCAAGGGAAAAACAUCUUAAUAGAUUUGUUUCGGCGAAUUUCUUGCAAAUGCUAAAUAGAAAUAUUAUUGCGGCUAAUGAUGAUGCUUAUCAAGCUGAGUUGGAAUGCCUUCAGGUGUUAAAAAUGAAUUUAACAGAACUUAGUAUGAAUUGCCAAGCGUUAGAGCAAAUAGAUACAGUGUCUGUGGCUGCUGUGGUAGCAACUCUCAACGCGCUAGUGAACACUUGGGAGAAGCAACGACAGGCGAUUGAGAAGCAAAAGCAAGAUGAAGAAGCCUUAUAUGUUACUAAAUCAAAAUGCGAAGACGAGGACGAAGAAGCGAUGGCGUACGAAGAAAUAAUGGAGAUGUUCCCAUCGUAUUCUGAAUCUGAUUUCUCUGAUUUUAAACCACCAUCUCUAGAACAGAAAAAGAUUAAACCCCCAACAGAGAAUCCAAAACAUUUGAUAACUCCGGACGACAUAUCUCUGAUAUACAAAUGGCACAGCAACUUAGUACGUAACAUGACGAAUGCAGUGUGGUUAACCAGUCCAAAGAAGUUGGUAGGGAACGACGUUGUUAGUUCGCUGCUGUUGAGAUAUCCCACAUUUAGCAAGGUUAUACAGAAUUCGUGGGAAGCUUUAGAUGCUGACUUUGAAGGUGCUAUCGCGCCUAGCUUAUUGGUUCUCGUGUCCCAUAUUAAGGAUAAAGUCGAUGGUGUUGUUGGAAGUAACCAAAAAGUAGACUUCUAUCGGUCAGUCUGGGUGUCUGAAACUAGAGAAUGCCUUCCCUUAUUGCAUAGGGUCAGAGAAAAUGCUAAUGAGUUGUUAGACCAGUGGCCUGACUUUCCUACACUCAAAGAUAUCAUAGUAAUAGUGGAUAGAAUUCUCAGUUUCCCAAUAACUAGCCCCGUUUCACGUUUCCUUACGGGAUUAGAAUUGCUUCGUGAUAAAAUCGAAGAGUGGAACAAAAAUGCACACAAAGGGAACAACAUGAUAGACGUGUCGUUAGCUGUGGGCCAGCAAAUAAUUAAUUGGAGAAAACUCGAAAUGAGCCAUUGGAAAGAGUGCCUUAACAACUUACACCAAAGAAAACAAUCGGAAGCCCACAAAUACUGGUUCUAUAUGUACGCGGUAAUAAACUCCUAUUUAGAUCCAAGUCCUGAUGACUCUGUAUCUUCCACAAAAAUAGUGUCAGUGUUGAAAGACUUCAUGGAGAAGUCCAAUCUGGCUGAAUUUGAAAUAAGAUUGGACAUAGUUUUUGUCUAUCACUGCCAUUUAGUGCAUUUGGAGCGUAGUGAGAGACGAGAUGAACUUCUGUCAAUAUUAUGGAAUACAUACAAUUAUUACGCACAGUUUUCUUCGCAAAUCGCAGCAGUAAUUAAAGAGAAACGCGCGCCGAUUGAGAAGAAAUUACGAGAUUUUGUUAAAAUAUGCUCGUGGGACAGAGAUCUUAGCUACUGGAGUGUUAAGGACACUGUUGAAAAAGCACAUAAAGUGCUCCAUAAACAUACUAAAGACUUUGAGAAAGUUCUAAAAGAAAGUGUAGAAAGUUACCUAGUGGAUACAACGAGCGAGGUGGGCGCCGACCACGUGGGCAUCUGGGACCGGCCCAAGCGCGCCACGCCCGGCGCGGCCGCGGCCGGCGGCGCCUACAUGAUCGACGUGCAGAACCAUAUUGUACUCGCUAGGAAUAUUAAGAAAUACUUAGACCAAUCAGAACAACCGUGCUCAAUAAUAUCAGAAAGUAGUCUGCUGUCCAAAGUGCCAACGUUACUAAAUAAAGCCAAAGUAUUGUGUAAGGAUACGAUUGCAAACAGUGGUUAUCCAGCUUUAGUACAGAGUUUAGAUGACUUUGUGACACUUGUGAUUGAGACCAGCGCUCAUCUGGGAUCGUUAGAGGCGGAAGCAUCAGCGGAGAAAGAAAAACAAAAAUCUCAAGCGAAGAAUAUAAUUCAACAAAAACGUAAAGCUCUCGCAGAUCUAUUCAAGUAUUUGGCGAAAAUGGGACUCAAUUACAGGACAGGUUUGGUGAUACUCUCAGCGUCGGAAGAAUUGUAUGACUUUACCAUACCGCCAAUCGAUUUGGACGCAGCUAUGAGCUAUUUGAAGAGCAGGCGAUGUGACCAAACAUUACUCAUGCUGUGGUCGGGGUGUGAGAAGUACUUCCAGAAGAACAUUGCUCGCCACAGACUCUUUAGUGGUGCGUUACAAUCACCGCACAGCGACCUCGGUAUACAAAACAUUGAGAGAUGCAAGGGUUUUGCUGCACAAUUGUUGAAAUUAACAAACACUCAAAAGAAAUCAAUAUCCAAAUACACAAACUACAUAUGUGCAUUGCGUACAGUGACUACGAACCUCACUAACGCUCUUGAAGCAGACACUUGUAGUACUAAUAUUACUACUUUGAAAAAUAAACUGGACAUUUUAGUCAAAUGCUACGCGCAAAGUAGCAUCUUACUCGAUCAAUUUUGUAUUGUCCUUAAGUCCAUACCUGAAAAAGGUAUGAAUUCUAAUUUGGGGCCAGAAUUUGAUAUUGUUUUAUCCGACUCGCCCAUAGCGCGAUGUUUCAAAGAUAGCGACGAAUGGAAAGAACUAUAUAAGAAAGUCAAAGCCAUUAUAACCCAAGUCGAUAAACAAAAGGCGGCCCUAACUAAAUUAGUAAAAUCCAACCCCAAACAAUUCGGUAACGUAAUCGAUUUACCAAACGUUUCACAAACUCAUAUCGAUAUUGUUGAAGAUGCUAAGAGUAAUCUACAAACGAUAAUCGAGAAGAGUGAGGUGAUUUUACAAGAAUAUAGUUUUAGAUUAAAGACAAAAAUUAUUGACGGUUUCCUCCCACAACAUCCAUUACUGCGCAGUAUUGAAAAUUUAGUGAAAUAUCUAAAAGAAACUCUAAAAGACCUAAAUAAACUAGACGAGUCUAACGACCAAGAAAUGGAUGAAAAGCCAUCCAAUACAAUAAUUGCCCAAGCAGAAGACAUCGUAGCGACAAUGUUACUAAUGAUCCAGUCACUUUAUAAAAAACAUCUACGCGCAAAUAAAAGUAUGGAAAAUAUCGAUGUUUUAAAUGCAAUAGACGAAAUAAUCGAUGAAUGUGGAAAAGAGAAAGAAGAAUCUAAAGAAAUUUUAGAAGAUAAACAUUUGAAGGAACUCUUACAAGACAGUAUAACAACAGAUUCAAAAUUAUUACAAUUGGAUACAUUGAUUAGUAAAAUGCGUUCAUUAUUAAUCGAUUAUGUCGAUUUUAUCGCGUUUAGAUCUGACAUAGAUGGAGUAAGGACAGCAGUGAUGAGAGUGGUGCCAAUAUUAGAGCAAGUUGUGCUCUUUGUUCAAUACUUCGUAUCGCAAAAGGUUGCCGUACACAGAGUAUCUUGUAAGAUGUUGUCGGUGUUGUUGAAGAUAUUCUCAGAUCUUGCUACUAAAGGGUUCUGUAAACCAUCUGACCUCGAUAUGGAAGGCGAAGGUGAGGGCGGUCCGGGAAAGCUUUCUGGAGGAAUGGGUCUCGGUGAGGGAGAGGGGCAAAAGGAUGUCUCUGAAAGAAUCGAGAAUCAAGAUCAAUUAGACGACGCUCAUCGGCCGGGCGAAGAGAAGAAUGAAGAAGAUCGCGACUGCAAGGAAGAAGAGAAGGGAGUUAAUAUGACAGACGACUUUGACUCACACUUGCAAGAUGUGGAACGAAAAGAAGAUGAAGAAUCAGAUCAAGAAGACGAUAAAGACGAUGCGGAUAAACAGAUGGGUGAUACAGAUAAUGCAGCUGAAAAGCUAGACCAACAAAUAUGGGGCUCAGAAGACGAAGAAGACAUGGAAGAAGAUGGUAAAAAAGAUAAAGAAGAGAAGGGAAAAGGUGAAAGUACAGGAGAGAAAGAGAUGGCUGCGAAGGAGCAGGAACAAGGAACUGAUGACGGGAAUGAGGGGAAAGAGAAACAAAAGAAAAAGGAUAUCAAUGAAAUGGAAGAGCCUGAAAUUGAUGAUGAUCAUAUUGAUCCUUACCACGGUAAUCAACAACAACUCCCCGAACCAGAAGAUUUUGAACUGCCCGACAACAUGGAUAUGGACGGCGAGGAUGGAGAUGAUGAUAAGGAUGGUGAAACGGAAACAGAAAAUCCAUUCGAAAUAGAUGCAAUGAAAGAAACAAUACCAGAAGAAGAACCCAAAGAGAAAGAAAAAAAGGGCAAUAAAGACGGUCUAGAAGUUUCCAGUGACGAAGAAGAUGGAGGAGACGAUAAAGAACAGAACAAAGAGGGCGCAGAAGAAAUAGAAGAAGACAAAAUUGACUCAAAUGAUGCUGAUGCUGAACAAAAUGAAGAGGAUACUAACAACGAUGAAAAAGAUAAAGACCAAGCAGAUACUAAUCCAGAAACCGAACCCGAAGGCGAACCGGAAACUGCAUUAGAAUCAGAAGAACAAAAACCAGAAGAAAAAGAAGAUGAAAACUUGCCCAAGAAUCCUGAAAAUAUAAAUAAUGAAGAAGUAGAAGAAAAACCACACGAGGCCAAUCCACAAGCAAAUCCGUCGAAUGAAGAUCCUUCUGCAGAAGACAAGGUGGAAAAUGCAGAAAUGGAAAGAGGAACAAAUGAUAACGUUGAGACGAACACUGAACAGACCAAAGAUGAGGAUGCUGCGCCAUACGAACAAAUGCAAGAACAAGUAGGUGAAGAUAUCCAAUCGACGGGACGCUCAGAGCUCGACAAGAGUGACAAAGGGCACCGUGGUGAGAAGCAACCAGCUAGAGCAGAACGUGCGAGAGACGAACAAAAGCAGUUUGAGAAUAAACCUGGGAAGACAGAUCAGGAACGGACCCUUGGUGAUGUUAACGAAAAGAAACAUAAGAAGGCGCACACACUGAACACUGAGCAAGAGGAGUCGGAGGAGGUCGGGGAGGCGCAGGAACAAGAGCAAGAGGCCGACGCGUACCAACAUGUGAAGCAAGCGGGGAAGGAUGAUAUGCAAGUUGUCGAUGCAGCGACAAAAGAACAAGCUGAUGAGCAACCAACUCUGCAGCAAGAAGAAGAUGAGGAAGCAGAGAAAAUGAAAGAAGACGAAGAAGUAGCUAUGGACGUAGAUGAUGAUGAUAUACAGGUAGAAAAAUCUGAAGAUCUAAAACCAGAGAAAAUGAAAGAAGGCACAGAUAAAGAUCAAGAUAAAAGUGGCAACAAGAAAGAUGGCGGUGACGAAACCACCGGUGAGACUGGUAUUGAAGUGGAGGGAGAUACCGUGUUAACUGCGACCGUGUCUAGAGGACGCGACACCACUUAUCAUACUAAGCUCGAAGACACUCAACAUACGGACAACAUAACAGUGGAAGAGUACAUAAGCAUACGUCAGUGGAUGGAGCGGGGCGCGGGCGGGGGCGGGACGGGCGCGGGGGGCGGGCGCGCGGCGGCGGCGUGGCGCAGUGCGUGGCGCGACUGCGCGGGGGACGCACGUGCUCUGUGCGAGCGGCUGCGGCUCGUGCUCGAGCCUACCGCGCGCUCGCGGCGUGCGGGCGACUUUCGCACGGGUCGCGCUAUCAACAUGCGCCGUGUGAUCCCCUACAUCGCGUCGCACUUCCGCAAGGACCGCAUCUGGCUGCGACGCACCAAGCCCGCCAAGAGGGACUACAAGAUAGCAAUCGCCAUAGACGACUCCAGCUCCAUGUCCGACAAUAGGAGUAAGGAGCUGGCUUUUGAGAGCCUGGCUUUGGUGUCGCAGGCACUAAAUCUCCUCGAAUCUGGAGACUUAGCAGUAUUAAGUUUCGGUGAAAAACCGAACCUCUUGCAUCCAUUCACUGAACAGUUCUCUGAACAUUCCGGCGCGAAGAUCCUAGAACAAUUACGUUUUGAACAAAACAAGACAAAAAUAGCUCAAUUAUUAGACUUUUGUACGGUUAUGUUCGAUCAGCAAUCUAUAAGAAGUGAUGCUUUGAACGCUAAAUUACUGGUUAUAGUUAGUGAUGGGAGAGGGAUUUUCUCCGAAGGAGAAACGAGGGUGUUGCAAGCGGUCAGGCGAGCGAGACAGCAAGGCAUAUUUUUGGUUUAUGUUAUCAUUGAUAACCCGGAUAAUAAGGAUUCCAUAAUGGAUAUAAGGCGCCCUGUACUUGAUCCUACAACAAAUUCUCUCUCCGGCUUCGUACCAUACUUGGAUACGUUCCCGUUCCCUUUCUACCUCAUCCUACGGGAUAUGUCAGCGCUGCCAAAUGUACUGGGAGAUGCUUUGAGACAAUGGUUUGAACUAGCCGCUAACACUUCU